GGUUAUAACAUAUAACCUUUUUAUGUUACGAUAGUUUGACACUGUCUAAAAAUUGCGCGAAAAAAAUUUCGCAUAUAGUUGUAUAUAUCUUAAAUUAUCAGUAAAUGUGCGAGUAUCAUAAAAAUAAAAUUCUACAGUGUACAAUAAAUAGGUCUCAUAUUGAUGCAUACGUUUAAUUUAAUGUUUUUUUGAGUUACUACUUGCUCCUACUAAUGUUUACCAUGCACUUAACAAAGUUACAAAAUGUCUUUUUGAGACAGUUUAAACGGAUCAGCAUUAAUGCCACUAAUUUUAAUGUAUUAUCAAAUACAUUAUCUCAUACUGUAUAUAAUAAUUACAGUACAUCUUGUACAAAUGUUACUCAAGAUUUAAUUUUUCUUAAUCAACAGUUGUCAUUAAAUAAUAUCAUAAUUAGGCAAUAUGGUUCAAGAGUACAGAAUAAUUUUCACUAUGUGUCUUAUCCUCAAAUGAUUUUCCAUGUAAUUUCGCAUAAUGACAAAGAGAAACGCAUAGGAUGUAAAAAUUAUUACAGUAGUCAGCAUUAUAACAGUAUUAGACAUUUUUCAAGUGUUAAUGUUGAUUCUAUCGCUGAAAGUCAAGUUCCAAUGCAAUUCAGUGGCAUCUUCAGAACAUUAUCAGAGAGUGCACUUGUUAAAUUCACACAAGAUUCAUUAUUAUGGAUGCAUGACUAUACAGGUUUGCCAUGGUGGUCAGUUAUUGUACUUACCACUAUUAUGACGAGGACAGCGAUAACAUUGCCGCUAUCUUUGUAUCAGCAAUAUAUAUUUGCGAAAUUGGAAAAUCUUAAGUCUGAAAUGGAUGAAAUAGUUAAAGAAAUGAAAAUAGAGACAAAUUAUGGGAUACAUAAAUAUAAUUGGUCCAAAGAAUAUGCUAGGCGUUUGUACAAUCACUCUAUGAAGAAACAAUGGAAUAAAUUGAUUGUUCGAGAAAAUUGUCAUCCAGCUAAAGCUAGCAUAUUGGUAUUAGUGCAGAUACCUUUAUGGAUAUCAUUAUCAAUGUCCAUUAGAAAUUUAUGUUAUAUACUACCUAAACAGGAUGCUGAUGCUUAUACCACUUAUCAGGAAUUUACAACUGAUGGAUUUCUUUGGAUUACAAACUUAACCAUAGCAGAUCCUUUUGUACUUCCUAUAGCAUUGGGAUUAUUUAAUUUAGCUAUUAUAGAAAUAAAUUAUAUGAAUAGGGUAAAAGAGUUAACAAAAUUGAAGCAAUAUUUGACUUAUUUCUUCAGAAUUGCUGCGAUAGUUAUGAUCCCCAUCGCUAUGUAUGUACCAUCGUGCCUGAGUUUGUACUGGGCAACUAGUAGUGCAUUUGGUCUUUUCCAAAAUCUAGUCUUGUUGUCUCUGAAAUUACGUCGCUUCGCAAGAGUGCCGGUAACUACUUCCGAAUCACCUCAUCCAUACCGGUUACUGCGUGAAAGGAUAAUAUCUAGAUGCCGCUUUGGAAGAAAAGAGAAAUUUUCGCCGAAAACAUAAACAUAUUUCAUCUUGUUUUUCACGAGUCAACUAUUUGUGUACAAAUAAAUUAUAUAUAUAAAUUUUAUAAUAUAAUAUUCUUU